CGAGCGUUUGCUAACUAACCCAGAUUGUGAUAAGAUAAAGACGCAGUAAUACGAUAGGCAGAGAUAUCUGUGUAUUUGUGCGAUAUUUGAUUCCCUGUCCGUUUUUGGUGCUAUCUUGGACGCCUAAGUCCUAUUUUGGUCAAUCAGUGAAAUUUGUGUGAUUAAGAGCUUUGGUUGAAAUAAAGCCCUCACUUCGAACCUCGAACUCUAAUGCGUGGUGUCUUCAUUGCCCUCGUCUUUUCUUUCCCCGAGAAAGCUAUUUUUAGAACACUUUCAAAUUGUAUUAAGCGUUCCCUUCCUUCCAACGCCCACAGAGAAAUGGAAACCGUCCAAGGUGUCCCUGACCGAUCUGUUCCGCGCGGUCCAGCUCGCCCUGGAGGCGGGUAUGUAUGAGCCGCGCACCCAGCUGAACGGUGCCGUCGUCAUCCUGGACAUGGAGGGACUGGCACUGUCCCAGAUCAUGCAGUUUACGCCCAAGUUUGCGGCGAUGGCACUCGACUGGAUACAGCAGUGUACCGCGAUGCGCCUCAAGUCCGUCCACAUCGUGAACAACUCGUAUCUGUUCAAUAUGCUGUUUGCCAUCUUCAAGCCAUUCCUUUCGGAGAAGCUACGCAAGCGGUUAUUCUUCCACCAGAAGGACUGGAACUCGCUGAUGUCGCACGUCGAGGCGAAGUGCUUGCGCCCCAAGUACGGCGGCACACUCGAGUGUCUCGAAACGGACGGUAUGCUGCUCGGGGAGAUGUUUGAGCUCUAUCACAAAGAAUAUGAACUUGCCAACUCUUUCGGUUACCUUAAGAAACAGGAUUAAUGUGAACGUAUACCCGAAGUUAUUUCUUGAAAACGACUAGCAAGUAAACACUAUAAUUAAGCAGCAAGUAAACACUAGUAAUUAAGCACAAAAAAGAGCACUCAGAUUGUGAUAUCAAGCGAUCGCAUGACAAUCCGGUACUUUGCGAUUGGACCACGUCCAGUGCGACCCACUUUUGAAGGAGGGAAUGUAAAUGUAAUAGUUUGUUGGGAGGGUUUUAUCUUUUGUAUUUUUUUUUCUUGUAAACGUAGUACGACGGUUAGGAGUGGAGUGGACCAAGCGCCAUUUUAAUAGCAGUGCAAUAUUCUAAGUCAAUGAUUAAAUGCCAAUAAAAGGACUGUUGAAAGGUGGA